CUGAAUAUACCACCAACAACACCAAUUACCAUUAAAUCUAUUGAGCAUGAUUCUAUUUCUAAAGAAACUGAUACUAAUGAAAAUAUUAAUGAAACGAAACUCGGAAAAUUAGUUAAGUAUUCUAUGGUGAAGUAUAAAAAUGCAAUGAAGGAAUUACAAAAUCAUCAGAAGAAUGAAUACCAUUGUUUGUCCACACAAAGUGCCAAUGACUUUUUAAUUAAUUUUGAAAAUACAAAUAAUAAAUCAGUAAAUGUGCUUCUAGAUAAACAUAAACAACAAACAAAAAUUUAAUAAAAACAUAAGAGAUUGAUGUCAAUAGUUAAAACUAUACUGUUUUGUGUUCGACAAAAUAUUCCAUUACGUGGACAUCGGGAAAUGGGUUCCAUGGCAUGAGGUGAUAUCAGAGACGUUUGUUUAAAUGGUGAGCAAGGAGUGUUUCGUGGUCUUCUUGCUUUUAGAAUUGAAUGUGGUGAUACUGAUUUAUUGAAUCAUUUGAAAACAGUACCUAAAAACUGUACAAUGAUAAGUCCUCAGAUUCAAAAUGAAGUAAUUGAAGCUAUUGGCAGUGUAAUUGAAAAAAAAAUUGUUGAAAGAAUUAAAUCUUCAAAGUUUUAUUCUAUUUUGUGUGAUGAAACCACCGAUAUAAGUACAGAAGAACAAAUGACCGUAUGUAUUCAAUAUGUAGAUUUAACAAAUUGUGUCAUUCAAAAAGAAUUUUGGGUUUCGUCAAAAUGAUUUCUACUACGGGAGCUUCAAUCAAAAAUGCUAUUAAACAAAAGUUAGAAAAACUAGGUCUUAGCUUAGAUAAUCUCAGAGGUCAAAGCUAUGAUGGUGGAUCGAACAUAGCAGGCAAAAACAAUGGUGUUCAGGCUCUACUUUUAAACGAACAGCCAUUAGCAUUUUAUACACAUUGUUUCAGUCAUUCACUUAAUGUAUGUAUAACUAAAGCGUGCGAAGUAUCUUCAAUAAAACAAAUGAUGGGAAUUAAUGGUGCUGUUGCAUCUUUUUUCUCUGCUUCUGCAAAAAGAGUAGACUAAUUAAAAUCUGUUAUAGAAUCAGAAAUUCCAAAUACAGAAUCCAACAAGCAGAGAAAGACUAAACUUAAACAUUGUGCGAGAUGCGUUGGGUUGAACGCCAUGACUCCUUGAUGACAUUUUAAAGAAUUGUAUAUUUUUAUACUUAAUGCACUUGAAGAAUACUACAUGAUACAAACACCGAAACCUCAAGUAAAGCAUUACUGUACUUAAAUUUUAUAACUAAAAGUGAAUUUCUAGUGGCUAUUGAUGUUGCGGUGCUUUGCCUUGCUUAUACAUUACAACUUAGUGUUGCUUUACAAUCUAUGCAACAAGACUUAUUAAGAGCAAUAUCCGAUGUCAUGGUAAUAAAAGGAGCAUUACAGAAUCUUCGGGAAUAUGCAGACAAUUAAUUUAGUAUAGUUUUUAAAAAUAUUAUAGAAUUAGGAGAAAAAAUUAAUGUUGAAAUACGCAUGCUUCGAAUUUGUAACAGAGAAAUAAAUAGAGUAAAUAUUGAUUCUGAAAACGCUGAAAUAUAUUUCAAACGAUCAAUAUUUCUUCCUUUUCUUAUUCAAUCAAUGGAUACACGGUUUGAUAAUAGACUAUCUAGUAUUAUCCCUCUCGAAGGUUUGAUUCCAAGUCAUUUUGAUGAGUAUGACGAGGGAACUAUUUUAGAAGCUGCCAAAAUAUAUAGCAAUGAUUUAUCUAACCAUAUAAGCUCUACGCUCAAGGCUGAGUUAUCUUUAUGGAGGCAACAAUGAAAAACUAACAACAUACCAAAGCCAGUCUCAGCUAUUGAAUCAAUGUCCCACUUUACUAACCUUGUACCUAACAUUAAAUUAUUG